ACUCUGAAGGAUUCCAGACCGGAACUGGAGAAAAAACACGCCCACUACUUCCGGUAUAACACUGCGCGGCGGGACCAGGCGGGCAAUACAAACUUUUUCCGGCCUUGUACCACCGUUAACCGACAGCAGCAGUCUGUAAUGAACACGGUGAAAACUACCGUAGACAGGAAACGCCCACCGCCGGUUAAAGUGUUGUCCGGUCAGCUGAGGACGGCAGAGAGCCGCGGGACGGCCGACAGCGGGGAUGGGUGUGUUAUCAGGCUGGACAGGGGUCGCUGUCUGCCGGUGUCACUGGUGUGGAUGCAGGGGACUGUACUGGGGGUCCAGCUGGACAGAAACACCCUGCUGCUGAUGGAUGACACCGGGACGUUUACUGUGCAAGGGGUCAACAACAUCCCCAAAGGGAAACCGUGUCUGUCCCAAGGCAAAUAUGUCAUGGUGAUGGGUGUCAUCCAGGCCAUCUCCCCGGAGCCAGUCAUCCGUGCAGUGAAGAUGGCAGACCUCUCCGAGCUCGCCCGUCUCCACAGACGGAUGUGGAAGCUGGAGGUGGAGGACCUGCAGCAGGCGUUGGCCUGAACGUCGUGCGUGUCCAGCUGGGUAUGCAUCACUGAAGUAAUUCUUGACUCAUGGGAGGAAAAUGAAAAACUACCUCGCAGGACUGAACGGCGGAUUCUACUUGAUGUCGGGAGUCUGACUGGGAGGUGUGAUGCAAGAGUGACAGACUCCUGUUUACGUGAUGCUUAAACAAGAGAAGUGUGUGUGUGUGUGUGUCAGAAGUGGAGCUGAAGGCCUAUAAUUAACUGAGACUUGUGCAUCUUCUUUGUAAUACUUUAGCAUUCAGAUUAAAGACACAAUGGCAGAAUGUACAAACGAUAAAUAAAGAUGAACACAAUUCAGAUGUUAAUACACACGGCAUCAGGAUUGAUGUUAAACAUGGUUAAACAUAUUAAUCUCCAUGUUCAGUUACUGCAGAAACAAUUCAAUCCCAAUGCAAACAUGUUAUCCAAGUUCCUUUCUGCCUGUGACUGGUGGAAUGUAAAGUACAUAUACUUAAGUGCAAUUGAGGUAUUUGUACUGUACUCGAGAAUUUUACUUGCAAAGAUUAAAAGUAGCUGCACCUCCACAAACUACAACAGUUCAAAGCUGCAGACAGAAAACUAAGAACUACAACAGAAGUCACUGUGAUUGAGUACUUUGCUCAGACCUUGUUUUCAACACUUGUAAUGGAAUAUGUGUACAGUGUGUUACUACUUGUAACAGAUGUCGUUAAUAAAACACAGCGCUUUAAAACAGA